UCGAGCAGCCUACGGACGGCAAGAAGCUUCUUAUUCUCUAUAAUCUACGAUAUCAAGAGUAGAGGAAGCUAGUGAUAUUGUCCUUGACUAGUACACUGUGUUGUGAAAGUGUCGUUGAGUGCAGUUGAAUCGGCAGUGCUAGAGAGAGAACAAAAUCGUAAAAAAUGCCUUCCAACGGAAUGUUAGACGUCGCUCUUCAGGUCACCGAUGACUCUAAUGUAUCCAGCGGAUCGGAUAGUGCUGGUGUUUCUGAAGACGAGGAUGUGCACUUGUUCACAACAAUCGAUAACAUAAUAUCGUCGACACCGCUAACAAAAUCCUCGCUGCAGAAUAAGAAAGGCGAACUCAUUAAAACCAGUAAAUCAAACGCGAAACGUUAUGCAAGUCUGCCGAAUCGUGAGCAACAUCAAAAAUUUUUGACAGACUUUCUAUCAGAAGUGUUAAAUGGAGCGAUUUUCAAUGCAACAGAUCGUGCGAACAAAGUUCUAAAUUGGGUAGAUCCCGAAGAACUGAAACAAAUUCUCGAUUUAGAGUUGAAAAACGAUCCAGAUUCGGACGAGAAGCUACUACAAUUGGCCAAGACUAUCAUCCAACACUCGGUCAAAACGGGCCAUCCUUACUUCAUGAACCAGCUGUUCUCGUCCUUAGACCCGUAUGGAUUUGCGGGUCAAAUUCUGACCGAUGCACUGAAUCCUAGUGUCUACACCUUUGAGGUUUCUCCGGUUUUCGUGCUAAUGGAAGAGGUUGUGCUCAGUGAGAUGCGAAAUAUCGUUGGCUAUCCCAACGGAACUGGCGAUGGAAUAUUUUGCCCCGGAGGAUCUAUGGCGAACGGAUACGCAAUUAGUUGCGCCCGUUAUAGCUUCAUGCCAGAUGUAAAGGCAAAAGGACUGCACGCACUUCCGCGGUUAGCAAUUUUCACGUCAGAAGAUGCUCACUAUUCCGUGAAAAAAUUGGCCUCUUUCAUGGGUAUUGGCUCGGACAAUGUGUAUCCCAUACGCACUGAUUCUAUCGGCAAGAUCCGUGUAGACCACUUAGAGUCUGAAAUUAUGCGCGCCAAAUCAGACGGAGCGCUGCCGUUCAUGGUCUCGGCAACCGCAGGAACUACAGUGAUCGGAGCUUUCGAUCCACUGGAAGAGAUUGCUGAUCUGUGCCAGAAGCACAAACUCUGGCUGCACGUGGACGCAGCCUGGGGUGGUGGUGCACUUAUGUCUAAGAAAUACCGAAAACUACUGAAAGGCAUCGAACGAUCAGACUCAGUCACAUGGAAUCCACACAAAUUACUGGCCGCUCCGCAGCAGUGCUCGACAUUCUUGACCCGCCACGAGGGUAUCCUGUCAGAUUGCCAUUCGACGAACGCUACCUAUCUAUUCCAAAAAGAUAAAUUCUAUGAUACUCGGUACGACAUAGGAGAUAAGCACAUACAGUGUGGUCGCCGAGCUGAUGUACUGAAAUUCUGGUUCAUGUGGCGAGCCAAGGGUACUUCCGGUUUGGAACAGCACAUUGACAAAGUAUUCGAAAAUGCCGAAUAUUUUACCAACAGUAUUAAGUCUCGAACGGGUUUUGAAAUGGUCGUGGAAAACCCAGAAUGUACUAAUGUAUGCUUCUGGUAUGUGCCGCCCAGCUUACGAAACCUGCCGCGAGAUAGUCCUGAGUUCUCGGAACGCCUACAUAAGAUAGCGCCUAAGGUGAAGGAACGCAUGAUGCGCGAAGGCUCAAUGAUGAUUACCUAUCAACCGAUUCACGAUAAGCCCAAUUUCUUCCGGCUUGUGCUGCAGAAUUCAUCGUUAGAUAAAUCGGACAUGAACUACAUUGUAGAUAAAAUAGAACAACUCGCUAGCGAUUUGUAAAUAUGACCAGUAACAACUUCUAUUAACUUUGGAUUUAAUUUAUACAUUAUUAUAUUUUUUAUCCAUAUUUAUUGAAAGAACUAUUCUAUAGAGCUACUACAACAUAAAAUAUAUAUCUAUAUUGUCCUAUUUUAUUGGACAAAAACAAGGGAUAUUUACAAAUGGUCAUGAAGUAAGGAUUGUUUCCCAUAACAAAGUAUAUUAUAUUAACUGCAUCAAAUAAAUACGAUUACUUUCGAUAAAACUGAUUUUAAUUGCUAGUAUUUGUAUACAUCACUUUAAUGAAUAUGUAGACAUGAUCAAAAUUUGCAUCAUAGAUCAUUAUUCUGUAGAAUCGGGAUAGGCCAAUGUGAAAAUAUAAAAACCAGCUGUUAAUUAUUUGUUCGCGUACGUAUAAAAGUAUGCAUAGUUUGAUCUACACACCUGUAAAAAAUGUAAGUAAAUAUAUUUGAUAAAAAUUAAAGGGCUGUUUGCACAUAAAUACACCCAUAACAAAAUGAUUAAAAAUUCUCAAAGAACG